AUGGCGCCGUACUUUGGCCUUCGGGGAAUGCCCCUGGUGAUGGCCAUCACAUUGGCGUGCUCGAUGGGUUUCCUUCUCUUUGGGUACGAUAACGGUGUGUUCUCGGGUCUCACCACAGACCCCUUAUUCCUGGAGACCAUGGGCAAUCCAAAUGCCUCUCUACUGGGAUUCAUUGUGGCCGUCUAUGAGCUAGGCUGUCUGGGCGGAGCAUUACUCUCCGCAGUCUGGGGUGAAAACCUGGGUCGUCGGAAGCUGAAUGCCGUUGGCUGCGUUGUUCUUAUUAUCGGAACAGUCAUUCAGUGUACCUCGUACGGUCAGGCCCAGAUGAUAGUCGGAAGAAUCGUCACGGGCUUUGGUAUGGGAGGCAUCACCAGUGCAGUCCCUGUUUGGCAAUGUGAGAUCUCUCCAGCGCAUAUACGUGGACGAACGAUUGCGAUGGAGCUGUCGUCCCUUAUCGUCGGUAUUGUCAUCGCAUAUUGGAUAGACUAUGGCUGCAGUGGCUACACCAAUAGCUUCCAGUGGCGCUUCCCUAUUGCAUUCCAGAUCGUCUUUGCGAUUUUCCUAAUAAUUAUGUGCUGUUUUCUUCCCGAAAGUCCACGUUGGCUUGCCAGUCAUCACAGACAGCAGGAGGCGCUGGACGUACUCUGCAUGCUGCGAGACGGAAAUCCCGAAGAUGAAAAUGUCAAUGUUGAGUUCACCGAGAUUAAAGAUGCUAUUGCCUUAGAGGAAGCCGAAUCUGGUGGCUGGAAGGAUUGCUUUACAGAUGGUGGGAUUAUGGGCUGGCAACGAGUUGCCAUCGCCUGUUCUGCACAAGCACUCCAAGAGUUUACAGGGACGAAUAUAAUCACGUAUUAUGCCCCUUAUGUCAUGGUCCACAGCGUUGGGUUGAACUCUCAUCAAUCCCUGCUGCUCUCGGGUGGCCUGCAGCUAUGGUUCCUCGUUGCCUCGUUCAUUCCAUGGUUCAUUCUCGAUAAAGUGGGUCGUCGGACCUUAUUUAUUUUUGGCAGUUUCGGUAUGGGUUGCUGCAUGCUGAUAUCUGGCCUUACUAUCAUGGCUGGAGGUCGCAAUAAUGGAAUUGCUGCAGUCUGUAUGCUAUAUAUGUUCCAGGCUUUCUUCACGUGGGGAUGGAUGUCUAACAUGUGGGCCUAUCCGUCUGAAGUACUCCCACUUCGCAUCCGUCAGCGCGGCAGUGCAUUAUCUGUUGUCUGGCAAUGGCUCAUUACCUUCUUGGUUGUGGAGAUCACCCCAGUUGGCAUCCAAAAUAUCGGCUGGAAACUAUACAUCGUGUUCUGUAUUCUCAACUGGGCCAGUAUUAUUGUAGUCUGGUUCUGGUAUCCAGAGACAUCAGGCAGGACGCUGGAGAGUAUCGAUUUCCUGUUUGCCAGCCAGAACAGUCUUACCCAGGUUGUAAAACUGAGCAAGCGGAAAGAUAUAGAUGGAAUGGCUAUUGCCCAUGAGCUACAGGCACAGAUACACGAAGACAAAGAUGAAGAAAGGAGGCUCGAAUACCAAGAAAGUAAGGUCCAGGUGGCAUGA